CUGCACAGUGCGCGCAUGCGCAGAAGAUACACGGAACUCUCUCCUUUCUUCCGUGCGUUCCACGGCUGCGUUCCAAUCUCCUACUUCCUGUGUCACUUUUAGGGUCUGUCUCUGUCCUGUGUAACCUUAGUCCAUACUGCCUGCUGUAUAACCUAUGGUUAGCUCUGCCAGUUAGAAACAUGCACAAGAUAUUCCAGAGAAAGCCAGUGUCAUCUUUCUUCAAAUAAAGAAAACAAAAACAACAAUUCUCGACGUCAUAAGUGCGCGCCGCCUCCCAGACUUCCUGUUGGUGUGCCAGAAGCCGACGUGCUCUCUGAUCCAUCAGUACAUGCAGGUGAUCAUGUUGGGGCUCUGGUAAGCUUUGUAUGUCAGGGGCAUUGGAGUACGUGGUUGAUGCAUUAGUUUGUGGGGUAGAUGGGUGCAUUGAAUUGGCAGGACCUGGUCCAUAAUCUAUUCUGCACUUGAAAAAAGGGGGACUAUAUGGUCACCCAGUGAGAGGGCAAUAUAUAUAUUUAAAAAUCGCUGGGUUUGGGGGAAUCAACUUUGCUACAGUUUCAGCUUUUUUUUCAGUUCAUCUUUUUGUGAAAGAAUUUAUUAGAUUGUAAGCUCAUUAGUUAUCUCUCUAAGCACUUUGUUUAAAAGUGCUGUAAUUGCUCAAUUGUAAGCUCACAGGCGUGACCCCCUGUUUCUUUCAAUCAAUUUGUGAAUAUGGUUUGUCCUAUAUUCUUUAUCAUUCUCUCUCUCUCUCUCUCUCUCUCUCUCUCUCUCUCUCUCUCUCUCUCUCUCUCUCUCUCUCUCUCUCUCUCUCAUAACAGUGGGUGGCUAUGGUUUGGCUUUUGUUUCGUUGUUUGUGAUGAAACAACACAACAGGGUCACAGGCUGCUAGAUGUGUAUCAUUUAUUACAUUUUAUUCACUAGACUAGAAAUUUGUGGAGAAAUGAUUUGCAGAUUUUAAACCAGUAUAUCUAAGCUGAAAGGAUAGCUCAGUUGGAUCAUCACUCAUUGAUUUAGUGAAAAAAAAAUGUGUCUUGGGUGAUUGAACUGUAAGCUAUGGUUUAAUCACUACUAUAAAAUUUAAGGAGAAAUUAAAGGUGGUUGAUUUCAGGAUAUUGUGGUAUGUACACUGAUAAUGUAUUCGCUGCUUAGCAAAGAAACCUCUUCGUCUUGUAAUUUAGUGGUUAUAUUGUUACUCAUUUAAUAUAUGAUCUGGAAAUAGACUUUGUAAUGUGUAGCAUAUAAGACGCAGUGAUAUUUUAUACCAUUGCUGAUUAUUUAGAAAUUGGUUUGGGGUCUGUUACGUUGGUUACGGUGUCAUCAAUAGAUGUAAAGCGUACAUUAGAAAGCAUCCUGGAUAUGAAAACAUAAGAUGAUUAAUACAUUUAAUUUAAAAGCACUUAGUUGUUGUUGUUUAGUAGUGCAGAUUUCUACACUCCCCCUUAGGAUAUAUGUUUUAGCGGUAUGCAACAUGUUUUUCCUUUUUUUUUUUUUUUUCACAGUGGUGUUAGUUUUUCUGUAAUGUGUUAUUUGUUUCCCAUAGAUGGCAACAUAAGAAAAGAUAAUUUCUCUGACUUCGCUACAAUAAUAUUGUCACCAUGAAAAUUGCUGUGGAAGGGUGCUGCCAUGGUGAACUGGAUAUGAUCUACGAAACCAUCCAGUUUAUGGAGAAAAAGGAGAACACAAAAGUGGAUUUAUUACUUUGCUGUGGAGACUUUCAAGCAGUGAGAAAUGAGGGGGACAUGAAAUGUAUGGCAGUACCUCAAAAGUAUCGUCAGAUGCAAACAUUUUACAAGUAAGAUAUAAACACUAAUGGUUUUUGUGUUUAUGUUUCAGUUUUAUUUUUCACACAGCUAAAUUUGCGAAAAGAUUUGAAAGCAUAUAUAAUCAGCACAUUUAAUGUUUGUGGCCAAAGAUGUUUCAUAUAUUUGCCACAAUCUGAUCCCUAAAGACUAUGUAACAUCAUGGAAUGUACUUAUGUUUCUAGCAUCUUUUUACAACUCUGCUGUUUCUGGAUGAGUGUGGCAUUCCAUUUUUAUGUAGAACCUUUAAGACUGGUUUAUUAUGAUGGAAUUAUAAUGUAAUUAAAGAAAAUGUGCACAGUCCUGUGACUUAUCAGCUGGCCCAGUGUGGGAAAUAUCUGCCCAAUCAAGAGGCAUGCAGCAGCAGAUGUAAACAUCCAUCUUGUUAGAUAAAAGUAUAGGCAGAAGAGUUGAAUGUCCGUUCAGGCACCUUGAAGAUGUAGAAUAAAAUAUUUUCAGAACAGAUAAGGGAAUGUCCAGAAUAGAUAAGCAGGUGCAAGAGAAGGUUGCAAAAAAAGAGACUGAUUGCAAAUGCAAUAAAGGGAUGAUAGAAUACCUUGAUUUCCUUCUCGAAAUCAAACUGCAAGGCAUCCCAUAUGGCAUCUAUUAGUGUGCUACAUUUUCUAGGCUUUCCAAUGAGAGAAAGCAGCACAAGAAGCAAAGAAGUGUGAUGGAAAAGCUAAAAAGGCGCUUGUAUUGGGCAC